UCAUUCAGCUCUUCCUUCCCUUUCCCUUCUCAUCACUCGAAAGCCCCCCAAAUCAAGAAGUCGAGAGCCAAGCGCUUUCCUUCCUUCCUUCCAACACCAACCAACACCAACACCAGAACCAACAAGGCAAUCACACUCGGCUCACACCCUUGUUUCCUUCCUCAUUGCGAAAUUCUUGUCCUCCUCUCGGGUCCAGGUCUCUUGCCUCAGACCACAGACCGAGGCAUCUUCACCUUGACAUCCACCUCAUCUCAGAUCAUCAGGUGCACUCAUCAUCCACUGGUUGCAUCCUGCUUCCCCUGUUCAGCUGUCACUCCCGUCCGUAUUCACUGCGGCAUCAAUCAGCUCCGGCGCCUUCUCUCGGCCCCGCUGUCAUCACGAGGUCUGACGACGCUUGACGACGUCUGUUUCUCGUCUUUGCCUCUCGAUUCCUCUCUUGCCCACCCCGGCUUCAUCGUCAUCGGACCGAGACGUCUUUUCUUGUGUCCCGUCUUUGUUAGCCUCGAAUCUUCCGGGCCAUCCAACGAGAUUCUUGCUCCGCCUCGCCACUCAUCACUAUCGGGACCGGUUCUCGACACAUCUUCCCGGCAGAAGACUCAUCUGCAAGAUCUGGUGGACGACGUGGGGAUUUACAGCUCAACCGCGGAACACCCUCCGGACGGCUGCCCCGGCCGACUCUUGUCUUCCCACUGCAAUUCCACCUCUUUGACUGGCUACAGUGCUUCUCUGCUAGCGCCCAUAAGCAGCCCCGUUGGACCCAGCGACGGACAGCCCGCAACUGCACGACACCUCACCGCGAGCCUCCUCCAAGAGCCAAUCACGCCUCUGUAUCAGCCUUUCAGACCAGAAAUCGAGGCCUCCCCACGCCGGGUCACUGCCUUCUUGAUUCUUGCUAGCUCAGGUAGCUUCGCAUUCGAGUUACUCGCGCUUUACGAUCGCUUGUCUUUGCUUCUCUACGGCAUUCUGUCUCUGUCCCUGUUGCCUCUCCUACCAUCCACCGCCUGA